GUGAAGAAGGCUUACAGGCAGAAGGCCCUGACAUGUCACCCCGACAAGAACCCAGACAACCCCCGGGCAGCGGAAGUUUUCCACCAGCUGUCCCAGGCCUUGGCCGUGCUCACAGAUGCAGCAGCUAGGGCAGCAUAUGACAGAGUGAGGAAGGCAAAGAAACAGGCUGCAGAAAGGACACAGAAACUCGAUGAGAAGAGGAAAAAAGUAAAGCUUGAUCUUGAAGCCAGAGAACGAGAGGCUCAGACGCAGGAGAAUGAAGAGGAGGAGUCGAGAAUAACCAGAUCACUAGAAGAAGAAAUAAUCCGCCUGCGUGAGGAAGGCUCCCGGCAGCUAGAGGAGCAGCAGAGGCUCAUCAGGGAACAGAUCCGGCUGGAAAGGGAGCAGCAGAGCCAAGGCAAGCAGGAAAGAAGUGGAGCAGAAGGAAAAAUAACUCCUAAACUCAAGCUCAAAUGGAAAUGCAGGAAAGAAGAUGAGACAGGAGGGGGAUACUCCAAAGAUGUUCUGCUGCAGAUCCUGCAGAAGUAUGGUGAUGUGCUCAAUUUGUUGAUCUCCAGCAGGAAGACUGGGAGUGCAGUGGUUGAAUUUGCUACAGUUAAGGCAGCAGAGAUGGCUGUGAAGAAUGAAGUUGGCCUGAUAAAUAAUCCUCUGAAGAUUUCCUGGCUGGAGGGGCAGCCCCGGAGCCAUCCUAGCACUGUCCUGUCUGACAGCACCAGCCAGCCCAGGACCUCACAGGCCUCAGUGGUGUCGGAGAGGGACUACGAGAGCCUGGUGAUGAUGAGGAUGCGCCAGGCAGCAGAGAGGCAGCAGCUCAUCGAGCAGCUCAAGCGGGAAGAUGAGGAAGAGUCUCACACCUAGCAUGAGAGCAUGGAUUCUUCCCACCCUUUCACCCCCCCCCACAAAGCCAUUUCUUAAUUUAAUUGUCAAUAAAUCUCCUUUUC